AUGACAACCCACACCGACCCGGCCCGGGUCGCCAGCAUUCUUCUAUCCCAACACGACAGCUCACUGAUAUCCUGCAAAACAAUCCAGAGACUCUGGGCUGGAUACGGACAGAUAUGCUCCGUGACCGCGCGAGCAGGCAGUGAAGAGGCAGCAACGCAUUUACACGAACUGUGCUACGGCUCGGAUUCGAAUUCAAAUCGCAAGCGAAAUGGAUUCACGAAAGCAAAGGCAGGAGACACAUUUCAAUUAAUUCUCAAACUUAUCUCGCCACCGAAAAGCUCUACCACUGCAGGACAGGCCGACGAAGGCCAUCUGCGCAAAAUGUUCAGUUACGAAGUCGAGCAGUACUUUUAUCGCCAUAUCGUUCCUGGUCUGGACGGGUUAGGCGUUGCGAAGUGUCUUGCCUCGACGUCGGGCUCGGAGCCUGAUCAACUUACUGGCUGUAUGGCGAUUCUCAUGGCUGAUUUACGGAGCACGUACCCCGUUUCCGGGGAGAAAGAGGAGCGUUCUUUCUUCGGCUCAGGUUUUUGGGUCGUUGGAGUGGUUGGAGAUGGCUAUAUUCUUCCGCCAUUGGAGGAGUAUGCUCGACGAGCCAAGGCAGUGCAGAAAGGGGAAAAUGAAAAGGAAAAUGCCAAUGGGAAUGUAUGGCUUAAUGGUGGGUACACUUAUCUUGCAACAAGGCGGACGGAAUAUGCUUCCCUGGUCGAGGACGAUUCCUCUGAAUGGUCGGGGGCAUUCUGUGAACCUUUUUCGAAAUCACCAGGCUCAAGCUCAUCAUCGACGGCCGAGUUAGCAGCUUUGUGUCUAACACCCCAAGGCCGGGCAAUGGAGUCACUUAUCCACGGGGACGUGAAGUCCGAGAAUCUUUUCACAUCGGAGUCUGGUGACGAUGUUGCCUUCUUCGAUUUUCAAUCUGCCGGAUUCUUUGGAUAUGUGUGCUGGGAAAAGUUCCUGCUAGAGCGAUAUCGUGCGUCGUUGUUGCGGGACAAAGAACAAGACCCGGGGUUUUACGAUUGGGAUUUGUUUGUGCGGCAUUGGGAGACUGCUUUGGUGGACUGGUGCCGAUUCCAGGCGUCUUGGGGAUUUUGGGGAAAUACGGAGUGGCUUGAGGCGCGGGUUAGGUUUAUUCUGGACGAUGAGGGGUGGAGGGGUUGGUUGGAGAAAGAUAUUAAGAACCUGAAGAUUCAAGUUUAG